AGAUUGCGUUGUAUCUUCAAUGUGUUCAUUAAUUACACAUUUUUUAUCCACGCGCUUCGCUGUUUGAACAAUACAAUUUAUAAUGAAAAUAACAAUUGCUACUGAAGGUAAAAAUGAAGUAUAUGACUUAUUUAUGUUCUUUAUAAAUUAAAUAAUUAUACUGCACGUUUGAUAAAGAUAUAUGACAACAUUUAUAUGAUAUGGAAAAUCCAGUCGGCGUCGAGAGUAAUAACGUGAGAUUUUUAAAAAACCAAUUUCUGUAUCAAGUCUUACAGUGGAGUCCAAAAUGGUUUUUAGAACAUGAUAAAAAAAGAUCGAUUGUUACAUCAAUGAAAUUGAUUUCUCCAAAAUUAUCUUAUGAUACUUUUGAUGAUUAUCGCAAAACUCAGUUGCCUGUAUUAGUCCAUGAAUUUUGGUAUGAUAUGAUGGAAUCUCACAGUAAAGAAGACGACAAUAUUGAAACUAAGGCUCCCAGCAUCGAAUUGUUCAAGAUUCCGUUAUUAGGCAGAUGUUUAAAAGUAAAUCACGAUAUUAAUGUACACGACAAAAUUUUUAGUUUCAAAGUUCGUACUAAAAUAAAAUCUGAUUCGAAAGACUGGUAUCCGCAUCACAAUACUCUGGUUAAAUUUAAUAAUCCGUUAGCUGAAAAUCAAGAACAAUUUGCUUACAUUGAAUAUUUUAGUCGACAACAAGUACCUGAUAAAACUGAGUAUGAAUUAACAUACGAAUUGAUGACAAAAUAUCUGGGGCAUAGUAAGAUUCCAGAUUCAAUAACUAUAGAACCAAUCAAGAUAAAAAUGUCAGUUAUUUCAAAUUAUCUAAAUUCAUUACUGUAUCUUCCUAAAUCUCCAUUAAAUAGAGCGAUACUAAACCCAACACUGGCUUACUAUGAAUUUUCAUCAAUCAAUGAUGAAGAUAAGAUUCAACCAGUUACACAGGACAAUCUGAACUCAAAACAAUUGGAAAUUAUGGCAAGAAUUGUUAAAACAGUUGAGGAAAACAAACCAAAAAUAUGUAUCGUCUCAGGACCUGCUGGAACAGGAAAAUCAAAAGUUAUUAUGAAUAGUAUUUUCUCAAUGAUAAGCAGAAAAAGUACUGACCGUAUAUUAGUAUGCGCGCAAUCUAAUCUAGCGAUUGAUUCAAUUGUUCUUCAGCUUUUGGAUGAAAAACCAAAACUCGAAAAAAAAAAUAUCAAAUUUAAUCUGAUUCGUCUGGGUUCUGAAGAAAAAAUGAAUGUUUUAGUAAAACCAGUAUCAUUUUUAACACUUACGAAAGAUGUAGAUAACAAUAAAAAAACAGAUUUUGUAUCAGAGCUUUUGUCUAAUAGCAAUGUAAUUGUCAGUACAUUGAUGACUUGUCAAUCUUCUUAUUACAGAAAUUAUUUAAAGAAUUUAAAGAUUUCAGUUUGCAUUGUUGACGAGGCAUCUCAAGCUUCAGAACUAGAAACAUUUUUACCUUUAAGACUGGAUGUUAAAAUUUUAUUUCUAGUUGGUGAUCCUAAACAGUUUAAACCUCGAUUAAAUUCUGAAGAAGCAAGGAAAAUUCAAAAUUUGGACAAAUCAUUACUUCAUCGAGUGCAAAAAGUAUUUGAAAAAAAGAAUAAAACUCCUGUUUUGAUGUUAGAUACUCAGUACCGUAUGGUAAAAGCAAUUGCCCAGUGGCCUAAUAAUUAUUUUUAUAAUGGAAUUUUAAAAAAUGGAGUCUCUAUCUACCCAUUGGGUAUUUACAAGUACAAAUUACUUAGCCACACAUCGCCGGAAGAUGGAGAUGGCUUAACAAAUAUUGGAGAAGCUAAACUAGUCGUCAAUAUUGUUUAUUCUUUAUUAAUGCUCAUGUAUUUGGAAAAAUUUAAUUUCAAAAUUAGCUUGGGUAUCAUCGCACCCUUUGAAGAACAACGCGAUUUAAUAAUAAAAUUGCUGGAUCAAGAAGAAAGAUUUAACAGCAUUAGCAAAGAACGUAAAGAAAGGAUUAAUAUCAAAGUUGUAAAAAUGUCAGAUUGUUUUCAAGGCUCGCAGUGUGAUAUUAUUCUGAUGUCAUGCGUCAAAAGUACUAGCACUGAUCACAUUGAUGAUCCCCACAGACUUUGCGUCAGUUUGACAAGGGCUAGACAUACUUUGAUAAUAUGUGGUAAUUUAAAUAAGUACAAGGAAAAUUCACUUUGGAAUGAUCUUGUUACUGAUGCGGAAGAACGCGAUGCUUUCAUUCAUGUUGGGUCUGAUAAACUUGAUAAACCAAAAAAUAUAAAACCCUUACUAAUUCCUAUUAUCUAGAUUUUAUUUAUUUAUUUAUUUUUUUUUAUGUCUAGACAUUACGUCCAAUUAAGUAUUUUUUUGAAUUAUUUGAAGUCACAUCUGUUUAAAAUUAUUACACAUUGAGGAAAAGUUAUACCUAGUAUUAAAUUGAUUAUUUC